AUGAAUAUCAUCAAAUCUGAUCAAUUCGCUCACAAAAUUUGUGGUAUGAAUCAGAGAAUGAUUAACGUUUUCAGAGCUUCCCGUGAUGAUCCCACCAAACUCGAACAAAAUUUCCUUCUCAUGAUUGCCAAUAUUAAGAGGAAAAUACUUGGUGGAUUAAAGUUGGAAGCAUCGGAAUCGAUCAGUGUUGGCUUUACCUUUGGAAAUGUGGCCCAAGUUUUAACGAGUCAUAAUUUAAAUAUUCAAGAAAAUGAUAUUGUUGUUUGUUUCCUUUUAGAUACUUUGGAUAUUGAUAGUAAGAUGGUUACUGCUAUUAGAAAAUCAUCAAAAGUAGUUGAUGCAAGUGAUAAAUCAGCAGUUUGGAAUUUACUUUACAAAUUCGAUGCAACUUCUUUCCAAUAA